AUGGUGUUGCCUUCCGCCGGCCUCGACUCGGCACUCACCCGAGGUCUACCAGCUCGGUUUCGAGAUUUGGAAAACUUGGCCAAGAAAAACCCUUCCCAUUUGAAUAUCGUCUUGUGUCGUUCGCCUAGUGCUGAAGUAGCUCAGGAGGCCUUCGAACUUGGUGUGUGGCCUCUGAGCAAGCAGACAGCUCGGAAGCUAUGGGAGAUCAUGGCGGCCCAGUGCGAAGGCUUUGUGGUUUUGGUAAUCGCCCUGCCCGCAUCUGAUUACUCCACUACAGGGCGAGGGCACUACCUAGGCUAUGGAGUGGCUAUAUGCCCUGCUAACACGGAAGAAAUGGGAGGCUUGGGGAGUACCUUUCCCGAAGGCUGCAAGGUCCACUGGAUCGCCAAAGAGACUGAGGUGCCGUACUCAACUGCGGGUGGGCUUGUCAACACUUUGAAUAACAAUUAUCGGAUAGAGCUCACCAGAGAUGGCUUUGAGGUUGAUGUUGAGUAA